CGCACAAAGGCCUUGUGGAAGGCAGGGAGCCUGGGCAGAGGACAGGUGGGCACUGGGUAGAUCCAGGCCUGCCCAGGCUCAAGGGCAUUACUUUAAAGAGAUGAACUGGAUCAGCAGGGCAGGACUUGGCAACGCCUCAGUCCACUUGAGGGAAUGACCAGUGAUGCCCAAAGAGAGAAGAGAGAAAUCAUGGAGCCUUCCAAGACCUUCAUGAGAAAACUGCCAAUCAUACCAGGCUAUAGUGGCUUCGUGCCGUUCCUCAGCUGCCAAGGGAUGCCCGGGGAGGAUGACAUGAACUACUGUGUGAAAACCUUCCAGGAGAAGACGCAGCGUUAUAAAGACCAGCUGCGGGAAUUCUGCUGUGCAGUGGCCACUGCCCCGAAACUGAAGCCCGUCAACUCCGAGGAGACUGUCCUGCGGGACCUGCACCAGUACUAUAGGCAGUACCACCCUCUGCUCCUGGAAUGCAAAUAUGUAAAGAAACCUCUCCAGGAGCCCCCGAUCCCUGGCUGGGCAGGCUACUUGCCGAGAGCCAGGGUCACCGAAUUAGGCUGUGGCACGAGAUACACUGUCAUGGGCAAAAACUGUUACAAGGACUUCCUGGACAUCGUGGAGAGGGCCAAGAAAGCACGUCUGAAACCAUAUGAAGAAACAUAUGGAGUUAGCACCACAAAACCUUCUGCUGCUUCUCCAAAAGUUUUGCAGCAUGAAGAGCUGCUGCCAAAAUAUCCCGAUUUUUCUAUUCCAGGUGGAAGUUGCCCUGCCCUUGGAAGGCCCCUGAGAGAGGACCCCAGAACUCCGUUGACAUGUGGCUGUACUCAGAGGCCAAAUGUACCAUGCAGUGGGAAGAUUUAUCUAGAGCCACUGUCUUCAGCAAAGUAUGCAGAAUGGUAGAAGCGUAGAGUCUCCUAAGGAGAGGGACACAGUUCAAGCCAUAACACUGGAUGACAUCCUCCUGCCACCAUCAGGCACCCUGACCUCCCUCCGCAAAUACCUGCCUGCAGAAGAAAUAAAAAAACAGCUCAUGGAACAAUGAGACCAUUGUCAUCUGCUCAGAAACGUGCAGAGCCACACAAUGCAGCAAGCUGGCCCUGGGAGGUUUUUUCCAAGGCAAGAGUUUUCACCUGGGCAUCCUGGGCUCCCACGGUUCCAUGGGUAGACGUCAGGAGGUCUGAGAACUCUGAUGAGAAAAAGGUUACAUCGUUGUUUUCACCAACCUCAAGCCAAAAUUUAGUAUUUCCUUCCUUGAUGAAUGUAAGCCACAAACCACUGUAGGACCUGUCACCUUAGCCUGAGGGCAGCCACAGAUAUUUUUCUAUCAUGUGACUCUGUCUGCAAGCAGUUUGAAUGAUGUUAAAGCUCAUCUCUUUAUAAUCAUGUUGGUUCUUACAGGGAGUAAAUCUACUCUCUCACAUACUAUUAUUCAAUAUAAGAAUAAAGUAAUGGCUGUUUUAUAAA